AUGCUAGCACAAGCUUCCACAUCGUCAUCAUCCAAUUCAACAUUUGCAACUCGUCUCAGACGUGAAUGUGUCGAUUUACAACAAAAUCCAGUUCCAUAUACUUUUGCUGGUCCAACAAAUGAUAAUCUCAAAACGUGGCUUGUUAUCUUUGAAGGAUCACCUGGCUCAUUAUACGAAAAUGGAACAUUUUUUGCUACAUUAUUGUUCGAUGAUGAUUAUCCUUUCACACCACCAACACUAGAAUUUCGAACACGCAUUUAUCAUUGUAAUAUUUAUCAUUUCACUGGUCAAAUGAAACACGAUAUGUUUGAUAAAGGAUGGAUACCAACAUAUACUGUACGAGAUAUUUUAAGAAAAGCAUCGGAAUUACUCGUACAGUGUGAACCAGAUAAUUGUGCAAUGAAAGAAUUAGAAAUUCAGUAUAAAACACAACGAGAAGAAUAUAAUAAAAUGGCACGUUUAUGGACAGAUAAAUUUGCUAGAUAA